AUGUCCAAUGCCGGCACCGAAGUACCUGCUUCGCCCAUCAUUCCUAACAGUGUGGUCUUGCAGUGGCUAGAAACCGGCAAAUAUUCCGACUUCGUGGUACGAUGCAAAGAUAAGGUGUUCAAUCUACACAAGUCCAUCCUUGCCUCCAGAUCCGAGUACUUCCGGGCUGCGAUCGAUGGUGGAUUCAGAGAGAGCUCAGACGGAAUCAUGACUAUUGAGGAAACCCAUCCCUGCGCGCUUGCAGCCAUUGUGGCUUUUCUCUACACUGGAAAAAAGAAAAUAUCAGAACUCAUUCAUCUCAUCAUUUCAAAUUCAUCCAACUUCCCGGUCCGAUUCUCAGAACAAGAGAGAAUGCGUGUAGGCAAUAUGACAGGCUUCCUGGACAUCUACCAGCUCGCAGAUCUCAUGAUGCUGAGCGAGCUCAAGAUCGCGAUGCAAAAGGAAAUAGGUCGCUUUUUGUUCGAAAACCAUCUGAACAUGUUCGAGUAUCAUGUGCGGCUCAUCUAUGAGACUCUGCCAGAGACCGACGGUAUGGCUCGUCCUCAGCUGACCACUGCGAUCGUUAGAGACCCUGCUUUGUCUUUCAAUAGGUCGCUAUCGGGAGCAGCCAAUGUCGAAGUCGAGCACAUUCUCGACAUAGCACGAGAACACGACCCGGUGGGGGUGACUCAGGCGAUGAAUCUGCUCGCAAGCCUGCGCAGAGAUGGGCAUACUCCUAGACACUACCGCCUUCAAGAAGUCCACUACCACUAUCAGGAGCUUCCUGCUUUCGAAGAUGAUGAGGACGACGACGAUAUGGGCUUCGGGCUGUUUGAUUAG